AGCAGGAAGCGAGAUGGCUGCAGCUUUAUGUAAACUAGACGAUGGACGGAGCAGGCCAACAACAUGCUUCCCACCUCGGACAUUACACCAACGAAGAGGAGAAGGUGCUGGUCAUUGGCUUGUGGCCUACAGAAAGGCAGAGGAGCAGCAAUACAGGAAGGUUCAAAGAAGAAUAAAAGAGACUUAUGAAGGAUGUGAGGACAGCAGGGGGGCUGAUGCUCCUCAUGGUAGCACAUUAGAUGGACCUUUCCUGCUCCAAUUACAUUGUGUUGAUAAACCGUCUGAGCUCUGCUCUGUGGACGUCAGUGAGCAGAAGCUGACUUCUGUCAAGCCAGAAGACCUCAAGGCAUUUGACAAUGUAGCUUAUAUAGAUGCAUCUAUUAACUCCCUCUCUUUAGGGUCUUUCAGCAGUUUUGCGUCUUUAAGAGAACUCAAUCUGUCAUUAAAUGGGCUUUGCAACAUGACGUUUCACGCUGCUGACUUCCCUCAUCUCGAGAUUUUGGAUUUGUCCUACAACAGUUUGUCAGCUGAUGAUAUUGUUUCCAUGGGUCGUCUUCCUCAUCUAAAAGUCCUUCAUCUGACUGGAAAUCAGCUUCAUCAUCUUCCUCCUAAUCUAGGCUCCUUAAACCAUGACCCGACUCAACAGCCAGACAAAGAAGACGACACAGAGUUUAAAGCUCUUGAAGUCCUGAUGCUUGACGAUAACAAACUGUCCUCUGGAGUCUUCAACAGUCUUGCAAACCUUAAGAAGCUAAAGUAUUUAAACCUACAGGGGAACCUCAUUUCUGAAAUACCAUAUUUGCAACUCACAUCGUGUUCAAAACAUUGGCAGACUUUUGUUGAAGAGCAAGCUGAAGAAGAGGGACUUGCCCACACUGAGACAAGUCAUAACCCUGUUGAAGAUCUCAAGAGGAUUUCAGAGGAAAAUUUGGAGGAGAACCGCAAAAGAUCCAGUUCUCCACUGCCUGAGCUUCAAUUCCUCAAUUUAGCCGACAACAAGAUUGCAGAGGAGGAAGCACUGAUGGCUGUUGCUCUUUUCCCAAUGCUCCAAGAAAUUGACAUUCACUCCAACCCUCUGACCACGAAGAGAAGUGGAGACCCGCCCUUACUGACCUAUUUCCUCCACGAGAGACUGGGGAUCACGAUAAAGCGUAAAAAGACGCAAGAGGUGGUGAAGCUCCCACUGAAGGUGUCAACCGAUCCCAAAUGGAAGGUGGAGGAAAGAAUCCCAAAGGUGUCAAAGAAGCUAUUGUUGAUGGAUGCACCUUGUUCUGCCCAAAGUGAGACGAAGAAAACACCUGAAUCUGAGGGCGAGAAUAGCGGAGACGAAACCUUCCAAGAAAACACAGAGCACUUCUUUGUUACUCAGGCCACAGAUGUUCCUGAAUAUGAGUUUGAUCUUCCAGCUGACGAGAAAGAAACCGCAGGGAACAAGGAAAGAUUGAUGGACGGAAAAGCAAAACCAAGUCCUGAUGUGGAGGAGCCCAUCGGAAUUCAGACCGCUGUUCGGAUGCUGGAACACACACUGAAGAAUCUCAAUGUUUACAGAGACUCAAAACCAAAACUUGAUAGCAUCCAGAUGCCAUACAGAGAAAGACAGAGAAGGAUUAAGGAUCUUCCACCUUUGAAGCCUAUAAAGCAGCCAACUGAAAGGGUUAAUGAAAUGAUAAAGGAAAUCAAAGAGAGCACAACGAUCAGAGAAGUCCCCUUAAGCAGAGCGAUACAAGGCACAGGUGUCAACAAGCAGGAGCACAAGGAAGCUCUGUCGCUGCUGAGAGACAUGAAGACAAAGCACAAGAUGGUCCACAAGAAAACUAUGGAGCAAGCAGCCAGCAUCGAGUCUGCUAGAAACACCAACCAAAACAAAGCUGAACCUCCACCUGUGUAGAUGCUCUCAAGUACUUAGCUAAACUGUGAGUUUCUUUCUGGCUAUAAAUUAAACCUUGUUGAUGUUGGC